AUGACAGGACCAUCAAGACCAUCAAGACCACCAGUUCCAUUAUUCUCUGGCCCUUCAAGAAUUACUCAAUUCUCUUCUUCUCCUUCGAGUGCAUCACGAUCAAGUUUACCACCACCUCCACCAAUCAAUGUUCCUGCCCCUAUUAUUUGUUCGAGGUCAUCAUCUGUCAAUUCUUUCCCAGAGUCUCCAGUGAGAAUAUCUGGACAUGGUGCUGAUAUUUCAAUGCCGGAUGCAAAUUCUCCAAUUCUUUCUGCUGUUGCCAUGGGUAAAAGACCACAAAUUCAUGAUUCUGAUGAUGAAGAUAUGAUGGAUAUUGGGAUUAGUGAUUCCGAUAUACCGGCAAGUUUUUUUGAUGAAUUAGGCAUUGAAUCCGAUAUUGAGGACGAAAUACCAGAGUUAGUCACCCUUAGUGAUGCAAGAAUUCUUUCGGUUGAUAGAUUAAAUGAUAUUGCUCAAGAAUCUCAAAUAGAUCCACAUCCUUCGGUUGAUGAUGAACCUCAGGGUAUCGAGAUGGAAGAUAUUGAAGAUAGACCCAUACCUACUCUACAAGCACCAGAAGAUUUGGUAUUACGACAUAAGAUGAAGAAAUCAAUGGGAGGUGAUGAGAAGGAAGCUAGACCUUACAUCUAUAUUCAUUGUUUGGUUAAUUUCGAAGGUGAUUCUCGCACUACGGAUGAAUUAAAACAGAUCAUAUCGAGUUUGCAGAUUUAUAUUCGAGGAUACAGUGAAGAAAAUGAUGAACAAUCUCAAAAUUUCGCGAAUGAAGUUGAUAAUGCCAUUGAAUCUAGGGGAUCAAUGUUUCGUCCAGGACAAAGAAGAUAUGUGGAGAAAGAAUCUUGGAAAGAAAAUAUAUUGAAAUGGAUCAAGGCACUUGGGUUACGGUUGGAAUUCGAAAUCAUUCAUAGUUGUGGUAGUAAACCAUUGUCUCGUCCUCUUACCGAAGUUGGAUAUGCACAAAGUUUGGAUCGACUUGAGCAACGUCGAAAACAUAGAUCAUAUGAUUACAUUAUGGAUUUGGUGGAGGCUGUGUGCAGAGUUCAUUUUAUACAAGAGUAUAAGAAUAGGCAAUACAUUAUAUUCAAUUUGAUGGAAGCUUCGGAUGGAAUGUGUGACGAGAUAUUAUGUACGAGAUUUGCACAAGGUUAUAUUGUAAAUGAUGGAGGAUCUUCUCAUUGUGCAGCUGGAAUUAGUGUACACACUAAAAGAAGAUUAGGUGAUGAAUAUUGGUCAAAAGUAAGAAAGGAAAUAUUUACUGGAGGUGGAAUUGGAAGGAGAGAAAGGAAGUUAAUUGAUUUGAAGGAGAAUUGGGAUUAA